GAGAGGGUUUACUGGCCAGGAUUCACCACAGCUCAACCCAAACUUAAUCAUGCCUGAAGUCAUGACUGCAGUCGCCGGUGUUUUAAUAUGUUUCUCAUUUAAAGCUGAAGGGAAAGCAUCCAAACUUUUGUUUGCUAAAGGAGCUGAACAACUCAUCAAAAAAGUGUCAUCGGCUGGAUUUAAAACAUUUCUUAAAGGAGGCGGCCUGGCUGUGGGAGGAGCUGUUGGACUGGCGUUUGCACUUUCAGAGGCCAUUGACAACUGGAAAGACCUGAUCGAGAAGAAUCAUGUGACUGAGGCGAGCCAAUCACUGAGAGACACAGCUGACGCAAUCUUAGAGAUGACCAGGACACUGAGGGAACAGCUUGACGACAUCAAAAAGGUGUAUGAGAGGUUGGCCAGAGUUCAACAAGCAGUUGAAAACAGCAACAGGAGCUUUUAUGACAAGAGGACACUGAUUGAGUUUGCGAUAGAACAUUGUAAGGAUGAAACUAUGAAGCGAUGGCUGAUAGAAAAUUCAGAGUCUGAAGCUUUCUUCUAUCUGCUGGACAUGUUUCGUUACCUGAAGGAAUACAUUGAUGAGGAAGAAAAGAAGAACCACAGUGACAACAUUGACAUCAUCUUUGUUGCACACGGAUGCAUCAGAGACUUCAUGAUCCCGGCCAGCUGUCUGCUGCCUCUGCCCUCCAUCACAGACGUGAUCCUGUAUUCUCCCUGGAACUGUGUCAUCAAUGGUGAUGCAGCGUACGGUGUUGCUACAGGACGCAUGAUGCCUCAACACAGAGCGUUUUACUGUGCUAAUCGAUAUUGCCCGGUUCGUAAUAAAGGUCAUCAGCUCAAAAACCCGCCCAACCACUGGAACUCAAUGAAGAAUGCUGGCGGCCAAAGGAUUCCCAACAUCAUGCUCAGCCCUGUGUAUCCACCAAAGGACGGAGCAUGGGAAAGGUUUGUGUUUCUCCAUAAAACAUAUGGUCCACCAGGAAGAAACCGCGUCAUUGUCCCGUUCAUCCUCCCAGCAGAGAAAGCUUCUUCAGUAAGUGUCCCAUUCUUUGUCGUCACUUUGGCUCUGUCUCUGGUGCUGCUUUUCACCAAGUUUAAAGCCACCGUCCAUCUCGCUGCCUGUCUGGGUGACAGAUCUGCUGGACAGAAGUUUUACCAGGAGUAUCUGGAGUGGCAGUACGCCUGCACCAUCGACAACACUUUAAUGCACUCUUCACUCCAUGAUGUGCACCUGAACCCGGACCUCUACAGAGCUUUUAAAGCUAUGUUUGGUUAGACAUCUUCUCUGUUUGUGAUCAAACUGUAAAAAGCUGAGUGAGAGAACAUCAAACUGUAGAUUCAGUGAAGAAGUUUUUAUUUUAUUUUUCAUCAGUUUAGUUUUAGUUUUAGAACAAUGUGUUCAUUCAUGAGAUCUAGUUUCUUCUACAUGAUGGUUUAUGGAAUAAUUCCUCAUAUUAAUAAACUUUGCGUUCACAUUGACUCAUAAGGAAACAUGUUUGGAUUGUUGACAAAUAUUUCAGCAGCAAAAUAUCAGCUUUUGGGCAAAUACUCACAUAAAAACUCCGCACUCAUUGUUAAAAUCAUUCAGAGAACCAUGAAAACUGUUGUUGGAUCUUUAUUUUCUAAUAUUUGUUUAUUUGUUAUUAUUUUUCUAUGAAUAAAUACUUGACUUUAGAAAAUCAUUAUCAUUUUAAUCAUCAUUACAAUCUGAAAACUGUCUCCAUACUGCAGCCUGUAAUCAGUGGAAUAAAGUCUGUAAACAGAACUGAUUUAUUCAUAUAUAGUUUGUAAAACCUGUGUUUUAUUGUGGAUGCUGAUAAUAAACUGUGUGUAUGUUUUAUCCCCACUAAUGAUCGUAUAAGUUGAAAUAAAUGAUUACUGGACUUGC